UUUGAUGCUGAUUGGUUGAUAAUUAUAGCUGGUUUCUCUGAAUAAUCUAGUUUGUAUGUACAUCUUUAUAUACAAUUUAAUUUUUUUGCGGAUUAAUUUAGGAUUAUCUGUUUAGUUGAGGAGACAACAGACAAGGAUUUAUCUUUAUCCGUUGUUGGUCCAUGUGGUAGUUGUUCUUGUUAGUUAGACACAAAAAAAUCAUAAUGUGGGCUCUGAAAUGUGAUGAGAUUGAAAGGUUGAUUGUGUUAUUCAUUUACGAGUAAAGUUGCUUCAGCGAAGUAGAAACCAAAGAGAAAAGGGAACAAAUUCUCAGGUCGGUUUGGAUUCUACAGGGACACUGUGAAAGCUUCCAAGCAGAUAUGAUGCUAUUUUGAGUCAAAUAGUAUUUCUUUAUUAUCUUCUGCCCACAGAUCUUAAACGUAAAAGCAUCCAAAGAUGCAUUAAUUAACAUGGGGAUGAGGUCCAUGUGCCUCUGCAACACCUCUUCUGCAAUCACAUUCUGUUGCUUCCCUAAGUUACUGCUGCCAACAUUGAAAGAAACCCCAAAGUGCAGUGAUUAUAAUAAUCAGAUAUUUUGUUAAGACUUAAGAGCAAGCUGAUUAAUGGCUAUAUAUAGAAAUGUCCGCGCAGUGUUUGUUUGGUGUGAUGAGAGUGAGAAUGGGUCGUCUUUCAUCAACUCUCUGCCUCACCUUUCUGGUUAUGGCCAAAGUUGCAUUUGGUGUACCUCCUAAAAAGUCCAUUAAUGUUCCAUUUGGAAGGAACUACUUCCCCACUUGGGCUUUUGAUCACAUUAAGUAUCUCAACGGUGGUUCUGAAGUGCAUCUCGUCCUCGACAAGUACACUGGCACUGGCUUUCAGUCCAAAGGUUCCUACUUGUUUGGCCACUUCAGUAUGCACAUAAAGAUGGUUGCUGGUGACUCUGCCGGAACUGUGACCGCCUUCUAUUUGUCAUCGCAGAACUCAGAACAUGAUGAGAUAGACUUUGAGUUUCUUGGGAACAGAACUGGCCAGCCUUACAUUUUGCAGACAAACGUGUUUACAGGAGGCACUGGAAACCGUGAGCAGCGGAUCAACCUCUGGUUUGAUCCUUCCAAGGACUACCAUUCCUAUUCAGUUCUCUGGAACAUGUAUCAGAUUGUGUUCUUUGUGGAUGAUGUGCCGAUAAGAGUGUUCAAGAAUAGCAAAGACAUUGGGGUGAAGUUUCCGUUCAACCAGCCGAUGAAGAUAUAUUCGAGUCUGUGGAAUGCAGACGACUGGGCCACAAGGGGAGGGUUAGAGAAGACCAACUGGGAAAAAGCUCCUUUCGUCGCAUCCUACAGAGGCUUCCACGUCGAUGGAUGUGAAGCUUCAGUGAAUGCUAAGUUCUGCGAGACCCAGGGAAAACGUUGGUGGGAUCAGAAAGAGUUCCAGGACUUGGACGCUAACCAAUACAAGCGUCUCAAAUGGGUUCGUAAGAGAUACACCAUCUACAAUUACUGUACUGACCGCGUCCGAUUUCCUGUGCCUCCUCCAGAGUGCCGCAGAGACCGCGACAUAUAGUGCUUAUCUGGAUUUUUUUUCAGAUGGAUAGCAAGAUUUCCUACUUUUUAUAUGUUUUUUCGUCUUACAAGUUAAUCUAGAAAAGUUUGAAUUGUGACAACGGUGCAUUUGACGUGACUUAAAUGAAACCGAGAAAUGAGUUUCCCUGA